AUGCCAAGCAACAAGGGGUACACUUACAAGAGUUCGGGGAGCACCAGCCAGGGCAGCCAACAUAUCCCCCGCGACGCCGGCGGCUCUUCUUCAAAACAAGACGGAUACCACCAUCCCAACAGCAUAAACGGCUCUUACCAUUACGCCAAUCCCAACAACGGGGGAAAAUAUGACGGCAACGGCGGGUCGACGUUCACCUCGGCCAGUGGGUACCGGACGUGCUCCGGAUACGGAAAGAAGUAA